AUCGGCCCCACCCCCCCCUUUUCAAUUGAAUUUGAUUUCUGAUUGAUAAUCCCACUCUCUCUCUCUCGUCCCCACUUCUCCUGUCUUCCCCCGCCGGCCAAUCAACUGAAGUUCAGCCGGAAAAGAUCUCGUUCCUCUCUCUCCAACACGCACGCGCUCGUAUUCACAGGACUUGGAUCGCGCGCGCUUUCACACCUCUCUCCAGCUGAAGCGAGGACAUAAUUGAAAAUCCGAUAUCGUGCGGAUUUUUCUACCAGGUUGUUUCGUUUCCUCUCGAUUGACGAUGACGAACGAUCGAGUCACUUAGGGUUUUACUUUGAGUUCGCGGAAGUGAGGAUUGUAGUCUGAGCUUCCGGAUUCGUGCGAUUCUUUCGAUUCUUUUUUUAUAGUGUUUGAGUAAUAGGGAAAGGGGGUUGAAUUGUAGAGUGUGAGGUUGGAAAUUAGUUGAGAGAUGUCGAAGGUGAUUUACGAGGGGUGGAUGGUCCGGUACGGUAGGAGGAAGAUCGGGCGAUCCUUCAUUCAUAUGCGGUACUUCGUGCUCGAGUCCCGAUUGCUUGCUUAUUACAAGAGGAAGCCUCAGGACAACGUGGUCCCAAUAAAGACCUUUCUCAUAGAUGGCAAUUGCCGGGUGGAAGAUAGAGGCUUGAAGACUCACCAUGGACAUAUGGUCUAUGUUUUGUCUGUCUACAACAAGAAAGAGAAGUACCAUCGAAUUACCAUGGCAGCAUUUAAUAUCCAGGAGGCACUUAUCUGGAAAGACAAAAUUGAAUUUGUUAUUGAUCAGCAUCAGGGGUCACUAGUUGCCAAUGGUAACAAGUACGUUUCUUUUGAAUACAAAUCUGGAAUCGAAAAUGGCAGGAAAUCUUCCUCAUCUGAUCAAGAAAGUCAGUACAGUGCCCCUGAAGAUGUAGACGAUUCGCGUCCAAAUUUGUUGCGGAGAACAACAAUGGGAAAUGGUCCUCCUGAAUCUAUAUUUGACUGGACAACAGAAAUAGACUCAGACUUGUCAAAUCAGAAUGCAAGCAAUCAAGCAUUCUCCAGAAAACAUUGGCGUCUUCUCCAGUGCCAAAAUGGACUUCGCAUUUUUGAAGAGCUUCUUGAAGUUGAUUUCCUUCCAAAAAGCUGUAGUAGAGCGAUGAAGGCUGUAGGGGUUGUGGAGUCUACCUGUGAAGAAAUAUUUGAGCUUGUUAUGAGCAUGGAUGCAACACGGUUUGAGUGGGACUGCAGUUUCCAGUAUGGUAGCUUAGUGGAGGAAGUAGAUGGACAUACUGCGAUUCUCUAUCACAGAUUACUGCUGGACUGGUUUCCAGUGAUUGUGUGGCCCCGCGACCUUUGUUAUGUCCGUUAUUGGCGCCGAAAUGAUGAUGGAAGUUAUGUUGUGUUAUUCCGUUCUAGAGAACACGAGAAUUGCGGUCCACAACCUGGAUUUGUCCGUGCCCAUAUUGAGAGUGGAGGAUUCAAUAUUUCCCCGCUGAAAUCUCGAAACGGUAGACCUCGAACUCAGGUACAGCACCUUAUGCAAAUUGAUCUGAAAGGAUGGGGCGUGGGUUACGUUUCAUCAUUUCAGCAACAUUGCCUCCUUCAGAUGUUAAAUUGUGUUGCAGGACUGCGUGAGUAUUUUUCUCAAACAGAUGAAAGGUGUGCUCCUCCAAGAAUCCCAGUUAUGGUAAAUAUGGCUUCUGCCUCUGCUUCAAAGAAGAGUCAGAAGCUCCAGGAUUCCUCUGUUGGUCCUUCUCUUGAUCAAAUUAAUGCUGCGAACAAAAAUGCAGUGAUGAUGGAUGAGUACUCUGAUGACGACGACGAACUCCAAACACCUGACCAAGAGGCGUCCUCAUCCAGCCUUGAGAGUGAAGUGAAGAAAACAGCUUUAGAGGAUGAAUGCACUGAUCAAAUUGAUUUGUCCUGUUUCUCGGGUAACCUACGACAUGAUGAUCGGGAUAAUGGUCGUGACUGCUGGAAAAUAUCUGAUGGAAACAACUUUAGAGUUCGUAGCAAGAAUUUUUGUUAUGACAAGUCGAAGAUUCCUGCAGGUAAGCAUCUGAUGGAUCUUGUUGCUGUUGAUUGGUUCAAGGACACAAAGCGGAUAGAUCAUGUUGCUAGGCGCCGUGGCUGUGCCGCACAAGUUGCCUCUGAAAAAGGAUAUUUCUCCAUUAUUUUUAACAUACAAGUACCUGGUUCAACACAUUACAGUAUGGUUUUCUAUUUUGUGUCAAAGCAAUUAGUACCUGGAUCACUCUUGCAACGGUUUGUUGAUGGGGAUGAUGAGUUCCGUACAAGUAGACUGAAGCUUAUCCCCGGAUGCCCCAAGGGCUCAUGGAUCGUGCGUCAGAGUGUUGGCAGCACCCCUUGUUUACUGGGAAAAGCAAUUGAUUGCAACUAUAUCCGUGGUCCUAAGUACUUGGAAAUUGAUUGUGACAUAGGUUCAUCUACGGUGGCUAACGGAGUUUUGGGGCUUGUAGUUGGUGUAAUAACAACACUGGUAGUUGACAUGGCUUUCCUAGUACAGGCAAACACUGUGGAUGAGUUGCCGGAGCGACUUAUAGGCGCUGUACGUGUUUCGCAUAUAGAGUUAAAAUCUGCUAUUGUUCCAAAUCUUGAUGAAGAGCCUUCUGGGUAAAUCUGCCGUUACUGUGGAAAUUUAUAGAAGAUCAUUUGUUUACAUGUGCCAUUUUUUCAGCUCCCAAUUUACCCGUCCAUUUAUUUGUCAUUGUCAGUUUUAUGAAACUGAAUAUUUGAUGAAAGUAGUUCUUGCUUAGUUUCUUUUUAGGUUGAGGUAUAUAUAGACAUUUUUACUUUCCUCGUGCUCAUUUAUAAAGCUACUCUUCUUCUUGCUUA